ACUGCAAUGCAAGCCAUCAAAGCUGAGGUGAAACCUGAGACGGAUGACAGUAAGCCUGAAGGCGAAUGGCAGAGACCAGUAUUUUCACAAAUGUUUGGAGUACCGCAACAACAACAACAACAACAAGUGGCGGGUGCGCGUGCGCAACUUCCACCUGGCGCGAGACCGCAACUGCAGUUCUCCUCGCAUCAUAUGCACUUUGCUCAGGGCAACUCGAGCGUGACGAGCGCGAACGCGGCGAGCAUAGUGAGCGCGAUGACGGCGCAGGUGCAGGCGGCGCUGGCGGCGGGCCGCUCCAUCGCGCCCGGCACCAAGCUGCUCGGCGCGGACGGCGCCGUCGGCGUCGUGCGCCACGACCGCUCCGUGCUGCUCACCGCGCUGCCGCACUCCGCAACGGCAGGCGUGGCCCGCGCGGCGCCGCCCCCGUACCCAGGCGUGCGCGCGUUGAGCGCGAGCGGGCCGGCUCCGCCCCCCGCGCAGCACGCCGCUCACCACGCGCCGCAGCACCAGCAACAUCAGCAGCAUCAACAGCACCAGCAGCACCAACAACACCAACAGCACCAGCAACAUCAGCCACACCACCAGCCGCCGCCGCCGCCUUACCCGCAGCAGAUGGCGUAUGAGAUGUGCGAGGCGUGGCCCGACUGGCUGCCGCGCCGCCCGCUGCUGCUGCAGGUCAGCCCUCGCCCACACCCACAACCCCCCCUAUAGACCUCGCUCUGUACACUCUACACCACACCUGAUACACUAUACCUACCACUUUAUUGUACACUUUAAUUGAUUAAAGUUAUAUGAGAUUCCUCAGAAGUCACUCAGUCUUCUGGUCACAUAUAAUUAAGUACUUGACUCAUAUUUACGAUUUUCAAAUUGACAUCACUACAACCCUUUUUACGUCACAUUGUCUACUCUGUAAGUGGUAAUCACUUAUAGACAACUCACUAUAAUUGAUGAUACAUUAAUUUGACCUAAUUUUCACUCGAUAGAGAUUAUAUGUAGUUUAAAUCAACUCACGACACUCCUACAGACCUGUAUCUGUCGAUUCCGUUCAUGUGUUUGGAAUACAUGUAUGACGACCGGUAAACAC